GAAAUCUCCACCAUAGAAGAAUGUUCUACUUAAAAAACAUAAACCUCCGCCGGUAAUAGUAAAUAAUGUGACUAAUUACAUGCAGCUAAUAAGGAUCCUCAAAGAGGAAAGUAUUAACGUGAAGACAUAUAGCCAUUGUGAGGAAAAAAUACCUCAUAAAUUCGGUGAUCGAUUUAUUCCAAGGAGGUAUGCUUUUGGAAAUACAGAACUGAUUCGGAAUCGUGCGCUAAAUAAAAAUAAAUCCAAUGAAGAGGAUAUCAUACAAAUGCGCCUUAAGUCCGGUUAUUGGAAAGGAUUUAAUUAUGGAGUUUAUAUGUCUGAGUUAUUCGAUUUAAGACCGAAAAGAAUUUAUCAAUUUAAUGACAAAUACUUAAUACACAAUAUAAAUUCAAAAUUUGUUUUGAAUCCACCAGUUAAAAAUGUAACGUACAUAAAUAACAAUAGAGAAAAAUUAGAUUGGCAGUGUAAGCCAAGAGCAAAACCAUCUGCUUGCGUAGACUCCACACAUGAUCUGCCUGCAUUCAAAUUACAUUCAUCUAAAAAAAUUAUUGAUUGGUCGUACAAGGAUCAAAUUGGUGCAUCAUUUGGACAAGAUUUAGUAAUAUGGACAUGUGAAACAGAUAAAACGGUUGUGUAUCGAACAAAAUUUGUAACAGCACUUCGUUUUAGUCCUAAAGGGGAAUCCUUAGCAUUGGGUUGCGAGAAAUUUCAAAAGCCACUAAUUCAAAUAUGGAGUAUGAAAAAUACUAAUAGUACAACAAAUGACUUAUGUUUAAAAGAUUCUUUUAUUCUAUCGGAACAACAGCAAGAAAUUGUCUGUAUUGAAUGGCAUCCUCAAGGUAUUUAUAUCUUAUGUGGUAUGAGCACUGGUCAAAUUUAUGUUGUUAAUUCUUUGACAUCGAAAACUAAUGUUAUUCACUAUCAUUCACAUCGAAUAAGUGAUAUUAAAUUUAAUAUCGGAGCUAAAUAUUUGGGAACUAGUGAUCACCAUGGCUUGGUUGUAAUAAUGAAAUGGCCAUCAUUUAAAAUUCAAUUAAGAUUAAAGAGUAACACGAUUUCUAAUCCAAGUAAAGCCUUUAUUGAUUGGCACCCCUGGAAUCCGAUUGAUAUAGCCGUUGCGAAAUCUCAUUCAAUUCUAAUUGUUAAUAUUCAAACAAGAAGUAUUGUUGCUCAAUAUAAUAGAAGGGACAAUGAUUGUGUAAUUGAUGCAAUAGCUUUUAACAAAAUUUCCGCAGAGUUGGUUGUUAGUUAUUGUAUAAAAAAUCCCGAUGGUUGUAUUACUUUUGAAAUUUUAAUUAUGGCAUCUUUUGAUCGCAUAAUAGACGUUUUAAAAAUUCAUGAAGAUCGUGUUCAUUUUUUACUGUUUAGUCCUGAUGGAAGACAAUUAGCUACAGCUGGUGAUGAUGACAUGUUAUCCAUUUUUAAUUUUUUCACACAACCCAACCGUAAUGGAAAAAGUACACAUUCCAAAUCAUCUACUUCAAAUUUAACAAGACAAUCAGAAAUUUUUAAAACUUUAAUUCGUUAAUUUGUACAUUUUUUCUUUUAUAGGCACGUUUUAUUU